AGAUUGAACUACCCUGGAUCGAUGGAGUAAUUGACAUAUUUAACAGGAGCAAAUCCUUAACUGUUUCACAGUAAUAACUGAGAAUCCAUCGAAUUGCGGUCUUAUUAUUUCCCAGUGUAAUCGCUUGUAAGUGUUCCAAAGUGCACAAAUAUCAAGUUCAAAACAAUGAGUGAAGACAAAGACUAUGCACCGUCACCGUUAGCAAAACAGUUAUUUAAGGAGGCUAGAUUCAACAAAUCUCCCCUAUCCGAGGAAAUUCGCGAGCAAUUGGAGGGUUUACCUUCGGACAUCCGCAAGGAAGAGGUGGAACAAACGGUUUACGGUUACACCCCGCUAAGCACCGCCUGUAUCCGUGGAAACGUUUGUAUCGUCGAGUAUCUCAUCACCACGUGCCAUGCGGACAUUGAACAGACGAGCAAAGGAUGGCUACGGAACCCUAAGAACGACGAGCGCAGCCUCUUUACCCCUUUGUGUUGGGCGUGCAAAACCGUAAAACUUGAGGUCAUCACAUGUCUCCUCAAGAAUGGGGCAAACCUUAAUGGAACCUCCGAGUGCGGCUCAACACCAGUGCUGGUUGCAUGUAGAACACAACAUUUCAAAAUUGUGAAUUAUUUGGUAGUGAGAGGGGCAAACAUCAAUAAACCGAACCACUACGGAGAAACUUGUCUCAUCGCUUCGAUUGGUUCAUUACAACUGUGCAAAUAUUUGCUCAGAAAGGGAGUGGAUGUUGAUGCACGUGACAACAACGACUAUACAGCACUACACCACGCGAUUCAGAAUCAAAUAUUUCAAACGCUCAAACCACUGCUGGAUUAUAGAGCUGACCCAUUCGCUAAGACGCGUGACGGUGAGGAUGCCUUGCAGAUAGCAUGUAUCGAAGGAUCAUCUAAAAUAGCGGAUUAUCUUAUGGGCCGGAUUCGAUAUUCGCCAGAAAGGAAGGCUGAUGCGAACGAACUACUUGGAGCUUCGAUAUUCUUCAUUUCUACCGAUAACUCGAAGGCAAUUCUUCGUUGGAAAGAAGCUCUUCAAAUUCGAAUGGAUAAGGACAAUUUCAUUCAAAAGCGUCCGAUGAUUCCAUCUCGAUCUAUCUAUGGCGAUUUCGUUGAGUUCACAACCGUUGCCCAGUUGGAAACAAUUGCUGAUGACCCCUAUGCAAUGUAUAUGCAGAGCUUGUUGAUUUUCGAGAGGAUAUUGGGAAUGGACCACGAGCGUACAUUAGCGCAUUUGAUGAAUUUAGCCGAAUACUACCAAGAAAUAUUACAAAACCGUCAGGGGUCUCUAGAUAUUUUACUACUGGUGCUGCAACUAAGAAUUCAAAAGGAUUCGAUAUUACAUUCUGAUAGCUAUGAUGCUGUGCGAACCAUCGUCGGUUUCAUAAUGUCUUUACUAGAUAAUCCAAAUUAUUCGCCACGAUUCGAAUAUGUCAGUGCCGUAUUCCAGCUUUUGGCAUCGAGCGCCAUCGCAACAUAUCAGCUGGCUCGUACUAAACCGAUCAGUCCGAACCAAUCCAGAUACUUCGACUGUAUAAUCCAUUUUCUGAUGCAUCUGAUCUAUGGCCUGCGUUCCUUGGCCGAAUGCGAGCGUGACCACGACUUGAUCAAAAGAUACAUCCGCGAGCUAGUCCGAAAUGGUGUUAGGUGUGUGAAAACCAGGGAAACGCUGCUGCACCUGUCCAUCCAGCGGCUCGGACCGGUUGAGACCUCAUUCUGGAUGAUCAGAACCAGUCCCAGUUUAGAUGUAGUGAAGCUGCUACUGGAAUGCGGAGCCCAUCCGGAUCUACCGGAUCGAAAUGGCGUCCGACCGUCGAAGGUUCUCGCAAAAAAGGACAUCGCUCUGAGUGGACAAAUGUCACUCAAAUGUAUUUGCGCGAAUGCGAUAAUCGAGAGUGGAAUAUAUUAUCGAGAUCAGUUACCACGCACGCUGGAGAAUUUUGUUGAGGAACACGACCCUCAAUAAUACCCGACACCGAAA